CGCCCGGUCCUGGGAUUGGCAGCCCGGAGCUGGGGGGAGGGGCCAGUGGCGCGUGUGGGGGGGGGGUUGUUUGUAUCCAGAGUCAGUCAAAGGCAAGUGAAGGUGGAGGGACGGACGGAGGGAGGCGCAGGCAGAGCCGGGCACACGGACUGAGCAGGCGCAGCCAUGACUGAGCUCCACGAGGUGCAGAUCACGGAGGAGAAGCCCCUGCUGCUGCCGCCCUCGCAACCCGUCCCGGGCAAGAAGCAUUCGGUGGAGACGCCCUAUGGACUCGUGGCCUUCACCGUCCAUGGCACCCCGAAGCCCAAGCGCCCGGCCAUCCUGACCUACCACGAUGUGGGGCUCAACCACCAGUCCUGCUUCGAGCCGCUCUUCCGUUUCGAGGACAUGCAGGAGAUCGUCAAGAACUUCGUGGUGGUUCACGUGGAUGCCCCUGGCAUGGAGGAAGGCGCCCCACUGUUUCCCUUGGGGUACCAGUACCCAUCGCUGGACCAGCUGGCCGACAUGAUCCCCUGCAUCUUGCAGUACCUGAAAUUCACCAGCAUCAUUGGCAUUGGGGUGGGAGCCGGCGCCUACAUCCUCGCCCGCUACAGUCUCUCUCACCCUGACACCGUGGAGGGCUUGGUUCUGAUCAACAUCGACCCCAAUGCCAAGGGCUGGAUGGACUGGGCAGCUCACAAGCUGAGCGGCCUGACCUCGUCCAUCCCUGAGAUGAUCCUGGCCCAUCUCUUCAGCCAGGAGGAGCUGUCCGGCUGCACGGAGCUGGUCCAGCAGUACAGGGAGGCGCUGGUCGGAGCCCCGAACCUCAGCAACAUUCAGCUCUACUGGAGCAGCUACAACACCCGCCGGGACCUGAACUUCGAACGCGGAGGAGACGUCACCCUGAAGUGCCCCGUGAUGCUGGUGGUGGGAGACCAGGCCCCCCAUGAAGAUGCCGUGGUGGAGUGUAAUUCCAAACUGGAUCCCACCCAGACCUCCUUCCUCAAGAUGGCAGAUUCCGGGGGGCAGCCCCAGCUGACACAGCCUGGGAAGCUGACCGAGGCAUUCAAGUAUUUCGUCCAGGGCAUGGGAUACAUCCCCUACAUCCUGGACAGGAAACUGAGUAUGGGGUCAGUGGCCUCCUCCUGCAUGACGCGCCUGUCGCGCUCCCGCACCGCCUCGCUGUCCAGCGCAGCCUCAGGGGACGGGAGCCAGUCCCGCUCCCGCACCCUGUCCCAGAACAGCGAGUCGGGGAGCCCCCAGCAGCCGCCGCGGCCGGCCCCGGGGAGCGGAGCCCACACCAUGGAGGUCUCCUGCUGAGCAGAGGAGGGGGAGGGGAUGGAGACGCCUCCCGCCUCUGACCGGGACUUCCUGCUAUCCCACAAUGCACUCCGGCCCCAGGGGCCACGCGACGCUCACCCCCUAACGGUACUAAACCGGGGAGGCCCCGAUCUCAGAAACAACAGCACAAGCAGCGUUAACCCUUUAAAAACAAAAUAAUCAACACCCCCUGGGCCCCGCCCCUUUCCCUUUGGCUCCUCCCCCUCCUUAGCCCCACGCCUUCCCUCGCCCAUCACCUUGGCUCCUCCCCCCUCCUCAGCCUGUCUGGAUCUUUGGGGGGAGGGUGUUUUGCAAGUGGAAGGGAAGAGGUUCUGGGGGGGGGCUGUGUGUUCCCCACACCCCCUUUGCCUGUCAUAGCCCUGACUUCUGUCCGUCUGUCCCAGGGCAGUCCUGUUCCUGCCCCCUUGGUGUCCAUCUGUCUGUCAUGAACAUCCCCCUCCUGUGAGCCCUCCCCCCUCCGUCCAUCUGUCUGUCCAGAGACAGCUGUUCCGUCCAGCCAUCCCAAGAGUCACCCACCACCCCUCUAUAUACGUGUCUGUCCUGGACACCCCUCUUCUGGGAAUCUCUCUCCCCACCCCCCACCCCAUGUCUCUGUCCUGAGUGCCCCCUGCCCACAUCUGUCCUGAUGUGUGUGGGGAGUUGGGGGUCACACACACACAUCUCUAUCCUUUCCCAGGAUGCAUUGCAAAGCCAUUUGCCAUCCCCCAGCCUGGGUUCUCGUUGGGAGGUUGGGAGGCCCGUGUGUCUGCGUUUGGCUCCCUUCCCGGUUAUUCCCCAAGGACGUUGGGUGUUCAGGGUGUCUCCCCCAGGGGGCGCAGGUGCGAGGGGGCGGGGCACUGUGCACUAACCUGCGUAGAUAUUUAGCGGCGUGUGGCGUGCGUGCAGGAGCCGUGCUGGCUGGAGCGUGGCUGAGGCAGAGAAUUGCUCGGCUGGGGGGGGUGGUACGAGAAGGGGGCCUGCAGGAAUGUGAUACUCAACUGGCUUCCGACUGUGCCAACUGUUCCAACAGUUGCAGGCCCCAACUGUAGCAGGUUCUGACUGUUGGGUUCUGGCUGUAAAAGGGCCUGGUUGUACCAGCCUCUGGCUGUAACAGCUUUAGCCUGGGGUAGGUUCCAACAAUUGCACCAGGCUCUGACUGUUGGUCCUAGUAAUGGACUCUGUAUGGACUCUGAGUGUAGCAGCUGUGUAUGUAACCAGCUCUGGCUGUACUGGAUUUGUAAUGGGCACUGUAAGUAGAGGGCUCCGGGUGUAAUGGACUCAUGAUGGUGUAGAGUUACAGCUAUAAAGGCUCUGCCUGUAUUGGGUACUAUAAGGCUAGGCUCUGACUGUGACAGAUUGAGUGUAGCGACCGCUGCCUGUGCUGGCUGUGUAACAGGUCCUGUUUGAACUGGGUUCCAACGGUAACAAGCUGUGAAUGUAACUGGGUCUGACUGUAACAGCUCUGUGCGUACCAGGCUCUAACUGUGCUACCCAUGUACCAGUUUCUGGCUCUGACUGUACCAGCAACGUACCAGGCUCCAACUGAACCAACACUGUGUGCUGCGCUCUGGCUCCGCCGGGCUCCAGCUGUACUGCUAAUGUACCAGGCUCUUGUGUCCGACUGUACUGCUGAUGUAUUCGACUCUGUCUGGCUGUAAUAGCUGUAUAUCCACGGGGCUGGGGCUGUACCAGAGCGACAGCCAAUCCCAGCCUUAACAAUAAAAUCUGUAGAGGAAUCUGCCCCGCA